AGUCUUUGAGCCUCGCCUCAGUGAGUUUGGUGUCUGAUCGUCUGAUCGGUCGGUCGUUCAGAGUGAAGUCAUGCUGAGUGUUUAGGGGGAAAUGAACGAGUUCACACAUGAUCUGCUGGAAGCAGAGCAGUGACGUGGUGGUGUUGCAGGAAGAGUCCUGCCUCAGCUUGAAUACAGGAAGACUCCUUAUAAGGUUGUGGGGGUGGGAUUCAGAUUUGGUGGGCGUUGCCGUGCUGCGCUGAUAAAAGCAGCUGUGGUGAUGAAACUCCGCUGAUGCUGAGGCUCAGAGACCAAACCGACAGAGACUGGAUCAGUCUGAUGAAGGAUGUUACUGCAGCCUGUCUGGACCUUCCUCCUGGGACACUCCUCCCUCCUGUGCUCACCUUUCUUCCCCGUCCUCUUCUCCAUGUCCGUCUACCUGUCAUUCUGCCUGCCCUUCAUGUUGCUGGACCUGCUGUCCUCCAGGUGGUCCCUGGUGCGCAGGUAUAAGCUUCAGCCUCAGAGCUCCAUAAGCUGGGCCUCAGUGCGGAGCUGCCUGGCUCUGACGCUCUACAACCACCUGGUCUUCAUCUUUCCUCUGACCAUGAUCCACUGGUACCUGAGGCCCGUCCACCUGCCCGAGGAGGCCCCGUCCCUCCCCCGGCUGCUGGCUCAGGUGCUGGUCUGCCUGCUGCUCUUUGACUUCCAGAGCUUCCUUUGGCACCUGCUGCACCACAGAGUGCCCUGGCUGUACCGCAACUUCCACAAGAUGCACCACACCUACACCUCCACCUCCGCCCUCACCACUGAGUACUCCGGAGCUUGGGAGACUCUCAGCCUGGGCCUCUUUGCCGCCGCCAACCCCGUCCUCCUGGGCUGCCACCCGCUCACUGAGCUCGCCUUCUUCGUGGUGAACAUCUGGCUGUCGGUGGAGGACCACUGCGGCUACGACCUGCCCUGGGCCACCCACCGCCUGGUGCCGCUGGGGCUGUACGGCGGGGCCCGCCACCAUGACCUCCACCACCUCAAGUCCAAGUGCAACUAUGCCCCCUACUUCACCCACUGGGACCGGCUGGCAGGGACACUGUGCACAGAAGACUGAAGUCCUGAAGUGAAGAGUCUAUAAACCGAAGGAGAAGAACCCGACUGAUGUGAAGCUUUGUGAAGUGUCUGAUGGAAAAGAUUCUGAACUCAUUGUGUUUUUGAACACGUCACUGGACUUUGGGACAGAUCUCUGUGGACAGCUCCUCACAAGUCUUCAUCUUUUACAUGAAACAAAUGGGCUAUAAAGGUGCUGGACACAAUAUUUCACUUCUAUGUGUUUUUUUAAAUUCAUUUAUUAAUGUAUUUAUUUUUUACUACUAUUUAUUUAUUGAUCUUUGUUAAUCUUCUUUUGUUUAAACCAGCAGGUGAAGCUACGAUGCAUCACCUGUAACAUGUGAGAACAAAUGUUCACAUUGAACAAACGUUGAUUCUUAUUGAAACGUUCAUUAACUUUCGUUAGACGUUAGCGUGCUGUAACAAACUUACAGACGAGCUGCGGCUGUUUAAAGACAGAGGACCGAUGAGCUGCUCGUCAGCCUCCGAUGGAUCAAAGAAAGUGAAAUGAUGGAAGAGUGAAAGUGCGACGUGAGGCUCAGAGGAGGAAGAGUGUGAGUCAGGAGGAUGAGGAAGGUUUUCAGAUUGGAUCAUGUCCUGAAGAGUCCGAAUGGCUGAAAGACUGAAAUGUGACGGUUUGUGAAAAGUGUCUCUGUGAUCUGAGAAUAAACUAAACUCUGAAUCAAAGCAAAGACGAAGUCG